UAUAGAGUACCCACUGUCUGGGACACACUCUGGUCACACUGAAACUGAUUGUUUUUAUUAUUUGUGUUGUUUUUGAUGUUUUUCUGGUUUUGCCAGCGAUUUGCGUAAAUUGUGUUUGCGUUUGGAUCUAAUUAUAGCCCUAAUAGAUGCCGCAAAAUAUUCAAAAUCGGCCAACCGACACGAAACAAUAUUUUUGAGCUGCAGGUGUGCGCUCAUUUUCAGUCGGACGUGACCGGCCCCUAGAAUCGAAUCGAACGAAUCGAAGGUGUUUUCUCGUCGCCCCCGGAAAAAUGGAAAUGCGAAAAUCCUCAAUUGCCAAAGCCAACGGCGCCUCCAAGUCCAAAUCCAACAUUCCCAAUCCCCAGAUCAAGCGGGGCCAAAGAAUACUCACCGAAAAGCCAUUUGCCUUCGUCCUGAAAUCCAAGUACCGCCUGGAACGAUGUGAUAACUGCCUUGAGGCUACCAAAGUCCUCAAAUGCUCCAACUGCCGCUAUGUAUCUUACUGCAAUCGAGCCUGCCAAUCGCAAGCCUGGGCCCAGCACAAGCACGAGUGUCCUUUCUUGAAGAAGGUGCAUCCCAGGAUCGUGCCAGAUGCUGCCCGGAUGCUGUGCCGCCUUAUCCUGCGUCUGGAGCACGGCGGGGACCUAAUUCGGGGCUACUACACGGAGCACGGCUCUCGCAAGUUCCGGGAUCUGAUGUCGCACUAUGCGGAGAUCAAGAAUGACCCGAUGCGUCUGGAGCACUUGGACUCGCUGCAUGCUGUGCUCACCGAUAUGAUGGCCGAGAGUCCCAGCACGGUGCCCAACAAGACGGAACUGAUGAGCAUUUACGGACGUCUUAUUACCAAUGGCUUCAAUGUAUUGGACGCCGAGAUGAACUCCAUUGCCACGGCCAUUUAUUUGGGCGUUUCGAUCACGGAUCACAGCUGCCAACCGAAUGCGGUGGCCACGUUCGAGGGCAACGAGCUCCACAUCCACGCCAUCGAGGAUAUGGAGUGCCUGGACUGGUCGAAGAUCUUCAUCAGCUACAUCGAUCUGUUGAAUACGCCGGAAGAGAGACGGCUGGACCUUAAGGAGCACUACUACUUCCUCUGCUGCUGCAGCAAGUGCAUCGAUCCGCAGGAAACGAAGGAGAUGAUGGCGGCUCUCUGUCCGAAUCGAAACUGCGGCAUCGGCAUCAACCCGGAGCGGACAAACUGCAAGCGAUGCGACACCGGGAUCAGCCCUAAGCUGAGGAAUGCCUACAACAGUGUUAUGGCCUUCACCCGAACCAAUCUGGAGGCCAUGAAGGAUGUGGCGUACCUGGAUGUGUGCAAAGUGUGCCUUAAUAAGCAGACAGGGGUGCUGCAUCCUCUGAAUGUGUGGCAUGUUAAGACCUUGGAUGCCGCCUUCGAAGCUGCCAUCGAUGUGGGCAAGUGGACGGAUGCCCUGGAUUAUGGCCAGAGGCUAUUGCCGGGAUAUAGGAAGUACCAUGGUGCCUGGAACCCGCUGCUGGGAUUAUUGCAUAUGAAAUUGGGAAAAAUCCAGCUGCACGAGCAGCGGGCCAAGGAGGCACUGCCUCAUCUGGAAGAUGCCUUGCGAAUUCUAACUGUUACCCAUGGACGCGAUCACAGACUCCUGGCCGAGCAGCUGUAUCCGCUGCUCAUCCAGGCGCGCCAUGAGGCCAACUAGCCAUGAGCCGUGGGGUUGCCUCGUUGAUUUUUUGUUUAUUGGUAAAAAAAUAAAGCUUAAGGUAUAAAAUAUAA